CGGAUGCAGCGUACAGUAGCUGUCCUUGGCGGUGGGGUGAGCGGCCUGGCUGCCUGCUACUACCUGGCCAGAAGCCCCCAGGCACCCAAGGUCAUUCUCCUAGAAGGGAGCAGCCGUCUCGGAGGCUGGAUCCAUUCCACCCGUGCAGAGGAUGGGAUGAUUUUUGAACACGGGCCCAGAGGGAUCCGUCCUGCUGGAGCAGUGGGGAAAAACACCCUACUUAUGGUCUCUGAGCUUGGCCUGGAGGCAGAUGUCCUUCCUGUCUGUGGUGACCACCCUGCUUCCAAGAACCGAUACCUCUAUGUUGGUGGGUCCCUGCACAAACUCCCUUCUGGCAUUGGGGGCGUUCUCCGGACGGUCCCUCCUUUUACUCGUCCCUUGAUUUGGAGCGGGCUGAAAGAGCUGACGGCCCCCCGCAGCUCCGAGACAGACGAGAGCGUCCACGCCUUCGUGAGGCGCCGCUUUGGCCAAGAGCUGGCCGACAUCGUCAUCGACUGCCUUUGCCGGGGGGUGUUUGCCGGGGACUGUCGGGCGCUGAGCAUGCGCUCCUGCUUCCCAGCAUUGUUCCAGGCGGAGAGGACGCACCGUUCGGUCAUCUUAUGCAUGGUCCUUGGUGGAGGAAAAAGCCUCCCCGUGGACUUUCCGCUGAUCCGCAGGGCCCAGAAGGAGCGCUGGAGCCAAUGGUCGCUGCGCAGCGGCCUGGAGGCCCUGCCGGAAGCCUUGGCAGACUUCUUGAAGCGCCGUGCGGUGGAGAUCCACCGGGAUGCCUCUGUGAAGCAGCUAGAGAGAACCGCCACUGGCCGCUGGCAGAUUGCCCUGGAGGAUGGUGUGGUGGAGGCCGACCAUGUGAUCAGCGCAUUGCCCGCCAAAGCUCUCGCCGCCUCGCUUCCCAGCUGGGCCGAGCCACUGAGCCGAGAGCUGCUGGCCAUCCCCGCGGUGUCCGUGGGGGUCGUGAACCUGCAGUACAAAGGCCAGAUGCUUCCUGUCACGGGCUUUGGACACCUCGUGCCUUCCUUCGAAGACAGUGCCCUCCUGGGCAUCGUUUACGAUUCUGUUGCCUUCCCCGAACAAGAUGGAUCCAGCGGACCUGCUGUCCGACUUACAGUGAUGCUGGGUGGUGCCUGGUUCACACCUAGCCUGGGCAACCCAGACACUGUCUCCGAUGCUACCCUGGUGAGCAGAGCACGGGCAGCCGUGAAGGAACACCUGGGGGUGUCUGCCGAGCCAUCUCACACGAUCGUCAAGGUGCACAAGGCCUGCAUUCCGCAGUAUACCCUCGGUCACUGGAAGCGCAUAGAGACCAUUACUGCUUACCUAGAGGAGCAGAAGCUUCCCCUCAGCCUGGUCGGCGCCUCCUACGAGGGGGUCUCCGUCAAUGACUGCAUCUUCAGUGCCCGGAAGGCCGUGGCCAAGCUUCUCGGCGAACCCUCCUGA